AUGCGUUGCAAGAACAGCUCUUUCUUUCUCAUUUGGCUUACAUUGCUAAUAAAACGUGAGCAACCCACCGUUGAAACAUGUACAUGCCUAACGAGCAGCAUUAUCAGUUUCGUCUUUGAUGAAUACACGUGGAAUUACGACCUAAGCCAGCCUUAUACCGACUAUCAAGGCAAACUAAUCCCUUCAAGAAUUCCGUACACUGCCUUCAUCUCAGGUCCCACUGUCGGCGGCUCAUUCGGGAAGGGUGAUAAAGCACCAAGGGCUGUAACCAAGUUGCAUUAUCAAAAAUUGUGCCCCAAGCCUCUUACCAUGAAAAGUAACCACGUGAACGACAAACUCGACCCAUAUGCUGAUGCGAGCGUCAUGAUGAAAGCAUGGGCUGAGAAGUUAAGGCAAACGCGAGCAAAGUGUAUCGAGGUCGGACCAUCGAACCAGAUCUUUAGCUACAUGGUUUUCGGAGACGGGAGGCGUGUCCAACCCUUCUUUGAUGAAUUCGUAAAUUCUCCAAUCUUGAAACGCUUCACCUGGUCCUCUCUUGUCAAUGACGCUGUGUCCACCAAUAUCCACCUAUUUUCCGAUGCUCCUAAAGCAGAAGAUCGUCCUCUAUCUUCAAUUCGGCUCUUACAAGAGGAUGACGACAUUGAAGACGCCACCAACCCCAUUCCAGGACUACUUGCUAUUCAUGUUCGAAGAGGGGACUUUCUGGAUCACUGCCGGAACCUUGCAAGCUGGGAAGCCGAAUAUAUGGGUUGGCUACGAAUUCCAUUACUCGUUGAUCGGUUCAAGAAGCCAGUUCGAACAGGGUCUGAAGACAAUGAAGCAAUCAUGAAUCAUUAUUUGAAACAUUGUUGGCCAACCAUUGAAGAGAUCGUACAGAAGAUCGAUGCAGUGAGGCAGACAUCCGAUGGCCGUGGUUUGACUAGAGUCUACAUUAUGACGAAUGGUCCGACUGAUUGGAUAGAGGAUUUGAAAAACAAUAUCAUGGAUAUGGGUGGAUGGGAGGGUGUCGCAUCCUCGAGAGACCUUACAUUGGUCCCAGAGCAGAAAUACAUCGCACAGGCUGUCGACAUGGCCAUUGCGAUGCGCUCGCAAAUGUACAUUGGUAAUGGAUUCUCGAGCCUUAGUGCAAACGUUGUUAUUCUCCGCCUUAGUCGAAAAUUCCCCGCGUUGGCAAAUCGUCUUUGGUGA